UAGAAAAUAGGUUUGAUCUGACAGCUAAACUUCUAUUAAAUAUUUUAAUUAUGUUAUGAAUAGUUUACAUUAGUUUGAUUUACCUAUUAAGUGAGAUAUUUAGACAUAAAGCGUUGAACUAAUUCACAACCAUGUCCAUAUCACUGACUUCUUAUUUUCACAUGAUCAACAAUUCAUGGAGAAACAAGAAUGGAGAAAGAUUAUCUGAAUGCUUGUCAUGUCGUCAUGGUCACGCUCUGAACUCAAGACUGUACGUAGACAACCCAGAAGCCGAUUGUGCGGAUUUCUUGGACUCUCCAGUAGAUGAUAUUGUUGGGGCUCACCUCAGAUGCAUAAAAGAGCUGAGCAGACGAUCGUACAAAACAGCAUUUGACUAUCAGCUGAUGGUGACGUCUGGGGUGACCAAGGUGCUCCAGAGUUUGGCAGAUGAGAACUGGUUGUUGCCUGUGGUCAAGACUGCGUUUUUGGACCUGCGACUCAUUGCACUGAAACUCCUCAAUGUUCCUGGUGUCGGAACAAAAGCUCUGGAGACGGCAGCAGAAACGCUCAUGAGCUGCUUUCGCAUCUGUGCAGCUGACAACCGAGCCUCAGAGCGAGACAGCAAGAGGAUGGGGAUGAUGUCACUGAUCAAUCAGCUGUUCAAGAUUUACUUCCGCAUCAACAAGCUUCACCUGAUGAAACCGCUCAGUCGGGCGAUCGAACAGUCUCCAUACAAAGACAGGUUCCCCCUUGGCCAGCGGAUCACUUACAAGUACUUCAUUGGUCGAAAGGCAAUGUUCUACAGUGACUACGCCACAGCAAACGAGUAUCUGACGUUUGCUUUUGUUCAUUGUCACAAACAAUCAAAGAAAAACAAACGCCUAAUCCUCUUGAAUCUGGUUCCUGUCAAAAUGCUUUUGGGCUACAUGCCAACCAAGGCAGUGCUGGAGAAGUACGACUUACUGCAGCUGUGGGAAGUGGUUCUUGCUGUCAAGAAAGGCUGCAUAUCAGAACUGUCAAACGUCAUGCAGCAACAUCAAGCGUUUUUCAUCAAGUCCGGUAUCUACCUCAUCAUCGAGAAACUCAAGAUCAUUACGUACAGAAACCUUUUCAAGAAAGUGUGGUUCCUGUCAGACAAGACACAUCAGUUGCCCAUCCACAGCCUGCUCGUAGCUCUACAGAUGAUGGAAGGGGAGGGGGUGGAGCUGGAAGAGGCUCACUGUAUACUGGCCAACCUCAUACACGAGGGCAAGGUAAAAGGCUACAUAUCUCUGCAGCAUCAAAAGCUAGUCCUCAGCAAGACAGACCCGUUUCCCCGACUCAGCACUGUAUCUUCCUAACAUACAAGUCCUAGUUAGAUCCGUACGAUAAGUUUUUAUAAUAAAAUGUGAA